AGCCAGAGAGAAGCAGAACUGGAACAAAAUCUCAAACGCUGGCUUCCUGGCUCCCAGGCUGGGCAAACAGCUGUGGGACCUCACCCAGAGGGACCUUUGUGUGCUAGACAACAUAUCUGAUUCAUUGACAAGAUCACAAUCUGAUUUCAAAGAUGUGUUCUACAAACCCAGGCAACUGGGUCACAUUUGAUGACGACACUGCUUUCCAGUCUUCUCAAAAGUCAAAGAAUUUCCCUCUCGAGAAUCAAGGCAUCUGUAGACCCAACGGACUUAAGCUGAACCUUUCCGGUCCUAAGGAAUUUCCCAGUGGAUCUUCCUCCACUGGCAGUACCCCUCUCUCCUCUCCCAUUGUAGACUUUUACUUCAGUCCAGGACCUCCAAGUAACUCUCCUCUCUCUACACCGACCAAAGACUUCCCAGGUUUUCCUGGCAUCUCUAAAGCAGGGACUCACGUGCUUUAUCCUAUUCCAGAAUUAUCUUCAAACAGUCCCCUCAUAACACCAGGUGCAGAUUCUUCCGUGUUGCCUGCUAAACCAACCUGUUUACCCCCUGCUUCCUUACCCGAUGACCGCUCGUGUACACAUCCAGCUCCCAAAGUCAAUCUUGCAGAUGAAAUUACCCCUCCUCAGGCUAGAAGCGAUGCUCUCCAGUUUCAGUAUUUUCGGGAGGAUUGUGCCUUUUCAAGUCCAUUUUGGAAAGAUGAAGGCAGUGCUUCCCAGUUCACCUUUGACCCUCCAGGAAGCAGAAAAACGUUGCUGCCGAGAGACAAAGAGAUGCCCAUUGAUCAAAAAAGCUUAAAUCAGUGUUCACUCAACUACAUCUGUGAGAAGCUUGAGCAUCUCCAAUCAGCUGAGAAUGAAGAAUCAUUUAGAAAUUUGUCUAUGCCACGUCUGUAUGCCGGAGACACUGCCUCUUCCUUUGUUCCCCACACGCUCUUCAGGAGCCGGCCCAAAACAGGAUGGUCUUUCAUGCUGAGAAUUCCUGAGAAGAAGAACAUGAUGUCUUCUCGUCAGUGGGGACCAAUUUUCUUAAAAGUCUUACCUGGAGGAAUUUUACAAAUGUAUUAUGAGAAGGGGUUAGAAAAACCAUUUAGAGAGUUACAGCUCGAUCCACAUUGCAGGCUUUCUGAACCCAAACUCGAGAAUUUCAGUGUGGCAGGAAAAAUCCAUACUGUGAAGAUUGAACAUGUGUCUUACACAGAAAAAAGAAAAUACCAUUCUAAGACAGAAGUAGUCCACGAGCCAGACAUAGAACAGAUGCUGAAGUUGGGGUCCACAGAGCACCAUGACUUCCUCGACUUUCUGACUACUGUAGAGGAAGAGCUGAUGAAGCUGCCAGCUGUUUCAAAACCAAAGCGGAGCUACGAGGAACAGGAAAUUUCCCUGGACAUUGUGGACAACUUUUGGGGUAAAAUCACUAAAGAAGAAGGAAAAUUGGUUGAAAGUGCUGUGAUAACUCAAAUCUGUUGCCUCUGCUUUGUGAAUGGCAACGCGGAAUGCUUUUUAACAUUGAAUGAUCUUGAGCUGCAGAAGCGAAAUGAACAGUAUUUUGAAAAAGACCCAGAAAAGAAGGGGAUCGAUAUUCUUGACUACUGUUUUCAUAAGUGUGUGAAAGCACAAGAAUUUGAGCAAUCAAGAAUCAUUAAGUUUGUACCUCUGGAUGCCUGCCGUUUUGAGCUGAUGCGUUUCAAGACUUUGUACAAUGGGGAAGAUCUUCCCUUUUCUCUGAAGUCUGUCGUGGUUGUCCAGGGAGCAUAUGUGGAGCUCCAGGCCUUUGUAAACAUGACCCCAUCGGCACAGAGACCACCCCACACCAGUUCCUUGAGGUCUUGCGACAACAUAAUGAUACACUUUCCUGUCCCAUCACAGUGGAUCAAGGCCCUCUGGACCAUGAACCUCCAGAGGCAGAAGUCCCUGAAAGCCAAAAUGAACCGCCGGGCAUGUCUGGGGAAUUUACAUGAACCUGAAUGUGAGCCUGUCAUACAGGUCACUGUGGGGUCAGCAAAAUAUGAGAGUGCCUACCGGGCCGUGGUAUGGAAGAUAGACCGGCUUCCUGAUAAACAUUCAAGUCCUGAUCAUCCCCAUUGUUUGUCAUACAAACUAGAACUUGGAUCAGAUCAAGAAAUUCCCUCUGAUUGGUAUCCAUUUGCUACUGUUCAGUUUGGGAUGCUUGACACCUGUGCCUCAAGGACAGAGGUCAGGUCUUUGGGGGUGGAGAGUGAUGUCCAGCCACAGAAACACGUUCAUCAGCGAGCUUGCUACAACAUUCAGGUUGAAAUAGAAAAGAAGUGGAUUAAAAUCGAUGGAGAAGACCCGGAAAAAGCUGGUGCCUGUGUAACCCAGUAGGAGUAGCAAGAGUUAAUGACGAUGACCCACUUUUCAAAUAUGUAAUUCACAGAAACCACACACGGUUCUGCUAUUGUAUAGUGGAAAUGACUUCUGAAGAGAGGGCUUAAGACAGAUCCAUUGGUUCUGUUUAGAGAAGCUUAGACCUAAAACCAAAUAAUCUAUAUUUUAUGCUUUUGAUAUGUUUGCACCCUAUGGGUUUGAUCUAAAAUGUAUCUAUAAUUUGCGUGAUGUUUUGCUUCCUAUUGAAAUUGACCCAACCACCAGCUUGGCUAAAGUGUUUUUGAUUUUUGGUUACUCAGUGGCUGAUUGUUUUGCACUCUGGCUCACCCAGAUGCCAUAUUUAUUAUCCUCUAGUCCCUGUCUCUUCUUGGUAUGUUAGCACCCGUACCGGAAGGUGAAACAAAGGAAACAUAGACCCGAAUACUUAAUUUUCCCUCUUGCUCAUCUCUGAAGUGUGGCUAGGUGUAGAAUGAUGCUGAAACCACAGGCUAAAAUGGAGUUGUGGAAGUAUCUGUGAUUUUGAAUUAUUUAUCUUCCUGUCCUCUUACCACAUUGGUGAGUUAUCAUCAGCUAUGUCUGGUACCUGUCUUUCCCCCAUGGUAUUAUCAUUUAAAAAAUAUAUUUGUAUUCUGGUGUGUAUUGCAAAGAAGUUAUUUCUGUUGAUAUACAUAUUUUAGUACGAGUCACUAAGACAUAUUGCAUUUUGCUUGGAGAAUUUCCUUUUAAAAUGGAAUCCCAGUAUUGGAUGCUAGUUAAAAUAUUUAUGUGCAUUAAAGAUGAUUUUUAAAGUUCAUGAAUAUUGUUUCCCAAAAGUACAGACUCUAAGAUACUGUAUUUUGAUAAAGUAUUAUUUGUAAUUAACACAAGACUCUUGAAGUCUAAGUCAUAUUACGAUUAUUUUAUGCUAGUUCUGCUGUCAUCCUAUUUAUGCUAAUACUUUAAAUUUAGAGUAUUUUUCUUUAAAAGAUGAACAAAAUUAAAGAUACUAGAUUGUUUUACCUGGAUUUCUAAGAGGUAACAUUUUUAUUUUUCAAAGUCAGGUAAGUGUUUUCUAAUGAAAAGUCUGGUGUUAGCAGUUAUAAUUCUGUUUAUAACUUCCUUUCAAUAUUUACAGCAAAAGAUUAAACUUUAAAAAUGUGUAACCUAUUUUUUGGAUAUUUUUUAGUCCUCAUAUGAUAUUAAUACACCUUCAAUUUAUGUUGAAUCUUAAAUAUGAUUAGGAGGUAUUUUUCUCUAUUUACUAGAUUUGUGUUGAGUCAAAACCGAUAUAAUAAUGUUCUUCCAAACAACAUUUAUUUGUCGGCCGAGAGUUUAUGUCUUAUGUUUUAUUUAAUAUUGUAUUACGUUCAUUGUAAUCUGUUCCAAAAACAUUAAAACAAACAUUUAUGAUGGUUUGUAUAAAUCA